GAGUUGGAAUCACUCAAGAACAGUCACAGAGUAUUUACGAUUAAAGCUUCGUAUGGGAAGCAACGCAAGACUUUCUCGUGGCCGGUCGAUAUUAGUACAGUGACCCUCGAUACUAUGAAGUUAUCCAUCCUCGAAGUCCUCCCUUUUCCGCAGGAUACAAAGCCUGAGGAUUUAACCCUACGUUUCGCCAAAGCUGAUGAAAAGAAUUGUGAAGAGUUAGGUUUGGGAGACGAUGCCACAUUUCAGCAAUAUCUCAAGUCUUGUGCCGUGCAGGCGUCCUUUACUCUCAAAGUACAAAUCGAUACUGUGCAAAAACCAUUCUCCGAUUGGAAACUCAGUAAGGUAUGCGAACUCCUUGGCCUGGCGUCGGGCAUUGAUGAAUUUCCCACUUUCGAUUGCGGUAUCGACAAACUCGAUUCAGAAAAAGCAAAAGAUUUGAUGGCUCACCUUUGCAAAGAUCUGAGACUUCGUUAUAAAGCGAUACAUGGUGAAACGGAGGCCACUCGGAGUGAAUACGUCUCCCCCUUUCUUGUGACGGCCACAUCGCUUUUUGACGGAUUAGUAAAGUUAUAUCCGCAACUAUAUGUUGCAGGAAAAUAUGGCCGAGGUCCGCUCGAUUUCUGCUUAAGACUCCUUGGAGUAAUAAUCGGUGUUGUGGAAGUAAAAAAAGAAGAUUUUGACCAAGGCAUGGCCCAGAACGUAAUCCAACUACAUUCGUCUCUCGAAACUAAUCGAAAGCGCAAGCAUGACGAGAUCGAGGAUGAGUUUGCCGAUAAGGCGUACGGAAUCGUUACCGAUGGCCGAGUGUGGUAUUUUGUCGAGUUUAUUAUGGAUGGUGAUAAACCAAAAAUUAGCGUGCAUUCGGAAACGCCAGCUGUUUUGGAUUGGACGGAGGAAUCGGAGUCUCUGGAUAAGGGUGCAGGUAGAAUCUUAGGCCGAAUCGUCUGGCUUUUAAAAGAGGCGGAGCAGUGGGGAAAGUUAAAUAUGGCGGAGAGAAAAAAAAGGUUGAGAAUCGAUUAA